AUGGAAGAACUGCAGUGCGCUCUUCUCGGGUUUCACUCCGCGUCGUUACCCUUCGAGAUAUUGAAGGAUUCUCCGUGUGAUGCCGGAGUUACUGGCACUUUCUCGCAGCUCCACCCAUCCGAGCGGUCGUUGGUCGGGGAGGUGUUGCCACUCGGGGAGAUGUGUCAAACGUUACGGGCUCUUGCUACUGACUUUGCUGUUGGACGCACAGAUGGGCUCUACAUUUCAGCUAUUGCAUCCGCUGUCGUGCAAAUACUGCGUAGUUACGAGGAAUCCGUCCGAGCUGCUGUAACGCCGUCCUCGGUUGUGUCGCUCCGACCCACGUACUUUCUCGCUUUUUCACUUAUCAUGGAGAUGGUUCAGCAGCAAAAGAAUGCAGAUCUUCUCCUUGUAACAAUACAGUCGUUCCUUUCAAAUCGGGAGAUCCCCCAGAAGUUUAGGCUGUGGAUGGGCGAGGCUGUGUGGAUGUCUCUCCUUUAUACCAUUGGACACUAUGUUGCUCAUGGUGUUGUGCUCCAUGGCCGCCGUGACUUCUUUAUUUCUGUGAAGUCAAAGGGAGGAAAGGAGGACCACACACUGCAUAGUGAUCUCCUUCCUCAUGGCAUACCCAUGGAACUUGGCUUACUGAUACUCUCAGUGGGAAAAGAGCGGCGGGUUCUGCUCAGUGACGCUGAGAGUCACGGCAAGGAAUAUCUUGAGCAGCUUGCGUUGGGUGCGCAGGAUGAGGCAGCGGAUGCGGUGUUUAGGGCUAUUUACCACCCAUCGCUGUGUGUGAAUGGUUUCCUCGUAGUGGAUGAGCUGGAGACACGUGUUGAGGAAACGCAUGCACUGUGGUCAAAGGCCUUGUGGCUUAAAGUUAGUAAACAGGUUGACCUGCGGAAACACAUAGAUGCGAUGCGGGCGAUGUUCUUGUGUCAUCGCGGGGACUUUUGGCAUACGUUUGUGGAGACCGCUUUUUCAACUUUUGUGGAUGAUACCAUUUCACGAUCGACGGUAACGGAGGCGGUGGUCAACCGGACUGCUGCGGAUGCAUUUGCAUAUGCACUGGAAAUGUCAGGUUUAGGGGAUGUGCGCGUGUUUGAGCGCUUCAGCACAUUUGUGCGGCUCCCAAUUGAGGCAGAGGAGGGUGAAGGAAGCGGGACUUUGCGCUCCAUUGAGGAUACGGCUCGAGCAAUUCUGAGCUGCAUGCGUGGCUUAGGGCUUCAUUACGUUCCCCCGCGAGGUUUGCAACUUGUUGUGUCACCCAAGGCUAUGGAGUACUAUCAGCGUAUCUUUUCAUUUCAUAUUGUGAGGCGCUUUUCACUACACGCACUUCAUUCUGUUAGGGGUCUCUUUUCUGAGGCACUGCUAACGAACAAGAACCCGUCGCCGGAGCUCCGCCGUGCCUUUGCAAUAAUGCAAUUGUUGUUAUUUCUCCAAACCACAUUGGGUUACUAUCUCCAGGUGGAUGUGAUAGUGCUAAGAAAUGCUGAACUUGACAAGGCAAUGGCAAAGUGUAAGAGCGUGCAAGAUGCAAAGAGGUGUUUAGAUCGCUACGUAUGGCAUAUUACCGAAGGCUCUUUUAUUGCUGAAGGGUCUAAUGCACUUUUUUCAGCGUGCGAGGCUCUUUUCCAGUGUUCGUUUGCCCUCUAUGUGCUUUGCAAGCGUUACAGGCUAGUUUCGUGGGCUGUUGAAGGCUCACGGAUUCCGAUAGAAGUGUUGGCUGCACUUGCAGCUUUGGAGACUCGUGUGCAUCAGGAAAUUAUUGCCGCGUUUACGGGGCACCUUUCGGGAUCUUCAACACGUGGGAACGAGCGGGCUCUGUGGGCUCGCCUGGACUUUAACCGAUUCCUCUCCGCGGGGUUGUAUGGUGGACCUUCUACUGUAUUUCAGCAACCCCAGCGGCCUGUGCCCAGUAGAAGUUUAUCAAGUUCCUUAAAAAGUUUGCGGGGCCCCACGCAGAGCCGACUCCGCGGGGAGCGAACGACAAAAGGAACCAGUUCCCCCACACCGAAAGCAGGGCACCGGUAG